AUGGCGUAUUGGAAGUUCGGAGCUUUCUUUCUCCUGGGCGCGUCCCGGACCGUUCAGGGACUGCGUCCUCAGCAUGUUGCCAACAUCGAGGGCUGGAAUACGCUUCAUCAAUUGACCGCUCAAUCAUUGUCGGAGCCUAUCUCUGCCCUCGCGGAGUACCCCGAAUACAACUUGUCCGUCCCCAUUGACCACUUCCACAAUGAUUCGCGGUAUGAGCCGCACUCUGAUGAGCAUUUCAACCUCCGCUACUGGUUUGAUGCGAAACAUUAUCGCAAGGGAGGCCCGGUCAUUAUUCUUGCUGCUGGAGAGACGGACGCUAAAGAGCGCCUCCCGUUCCUUGACCACGGCAUCCUUUCCAUCCUCACCAAAGCCACCGGCGGCGUCGGAGUCGUCCUGGAGCAUCGAUACUAUGGCAAGAGUUUCCCUGUUCCCGACCUCAGCACCGAAAACCUACGCUUCUUGAGCACCGACCAGGCUCUUGCCGACACCGCUUACUUUGCGAAGCACAUCAGCUUCCCCGGACAUGAGGACUUGAAUUUGACGGCGCCGGGAACCCCCUACAUCGCCUAUGGCGGCUCCUACGCCGGCGCAUUCGCUGCUUUCCUGCGAAAGCUCUACCCGGAAGUCUUCUGGGGUGGAAUCUCUUCAUCUGGCGUCACGGCGGCCAUAGUUGAUUACUGGGAGUACUACGAGGGUGCCCGCUUGUUCGCCCCAGGCGAUUGUGCUGAGGCGACUCAGAAGCUCACACAGGUCGUCGACAACAUUCUCCUCGGUAAGGGCAAGGACAGUACGGAUGACCACGUAAAUGAACUCAAGGCGUUGUUCGGCCUCAGUGCUCUCCGAGAUGAUGACUUUGCCAACACGCUCAGUUACGGCAUCACGGGAUUGCAAUCGACAAAUUGGGACCCUGCUCUGGAUAGCACGACUUUCGGAACCUAUUGCGCGACUGUCUCAUCAGACAGUGUGCUCUUCGGCAGCACCCGUCAUCUUAGGCCGACUGUCGAGAAACUGCUCUCAGUCAGCGGUUCAGAUAAGAAGCUGGUAAACCGGUUCUUGAACUACGUAGGUUAUGUGAAGAACUAUGUAAAACAAGGCUGCCGCGACGGCGAUCUGGCUCGCUGUUACUCUAGCCAAAACGAGGCUAAUUAUAACAACACUUCUCUUCACCAAGGCUCUGGCCGUAGCUGGAUAUACCAGGUCUGCACAGAGUGGGGGUACUUCCAGACUGGUUCUGGUGUCCCUCAAGACCAACUGCCGCUCAUCUCCCGUGUUAUCGAUGUAGAGUACAGCUCGAUAUACUGCCGCAAGGCGUUCAACAUCACCACGCCCCCGAAUGUCGAUGCCAUUAACAAGCAUGGCGGCUUCAACUUUAGCUAUCCCCGUGUCGCUAUUGUUGACGGAGAAGCUGACCCGUGGAGGGCGGCUACACCCCACAAAAUCGGCCUGGACCGCAAGUCGACAACCAGCGAACCCUUCCUCCUUAUUCCGCUAGGCGUCCAUCACUGGGACGAGAAUAGCGUAAAGGAUGAGGAUGUUACGGUUGACUUUCCACCCGAUUCCAUCAAGGAGGUACAAGCGCAAGAAGUCGAGUUCGUCAAGGCCUGGAUGAAGGAAUGGGAAGAGACGCAAGAUCAGAGUGGAUCACAAGAUGGUUAUUUUUCUGAGGAACUCUAG